UGACAAUAUACGGACGGUUUUGGAAAAGGUCGCUUCCUCUCACAGGGUUGAUCAACAUUUUUCUCUCUGUUCACUAUGAAACUUUAUGUAGUUCUGACCAUUCUGGUUAUGACUCUGUCCACAGCAUGUGGAUUAACAUGCUUCACAUGUGUGACCACCAACCGUCUAUCCUGCACCGGGCUCACAGUUUGUUCAAGCUCUUCCGACAGUUGUUUCUCCAUUGAAGUUGCCGGUCUCAUCACUAAGGGCUGCAAAAAACGUUUUCUAUGUUUAAUCCCCAACUCUUGCUGUGAAGGGGACUUGUGUAACAGCGCCAUUCCCACUGGUCCCAGUGUCGUCCUCCUGCUGGUAUCAUCAGCCAUCAUCACACUCUUUCUCUGAGACUCUGGAUUUGACUUUUUUUCUUACCAAAUUUGUAUAACUCAAGAUGAAUAAAGAAAAUUCCAAUAUGUACAAGCUGUGAAUAAAUACCUAUCAAUAUUUGUUCAAUAAACCACAAUAAUUCCU